AUGAACUCCACUCUACGUCCACUUGCUGGGCUCUUUCAACCCACCAAGCUUAAGGCUCUCUACUAUGGUCCGCACACAGUGAAGAACUCAUUGCUGUCAUGCCUACCAUCCCAGUCUUCCAAGGCCCUCAUCGUCACGGUUCCCACACUAGCCACCAAGACAAAUCUCAUCAAACAGAUUGAGCAGCUCUUGGGGCCAAACCACCAUUUGAGUACGUUUCACGACAUCAAGGAACAUGCGCCCAUCGCACAAAUUGACGAGGCAAGCGAUCUGGUGCAGCAAGAUGGCAACCUCGAUACCGUUAUCAGCGUGGGUGGUGGAAGCCCGAUCGACUCGGCCAAAGCCAUCAGUUACCGUAUGCAUAACAAGAAUGGGCGCUUCCUGACGCAUAUUGCCAUUCCUACCACUUUGUCUGCUCCCGAAACGACUGCAUUCGCCGGCUUCACCAUGGAAGACGGAACCAAGACCACCGUCUACCACCCAAACCUCCAGGCCAGCUAUGUGCUCUACGACCCAUCAUUUGCCAGGCACACUCCACCAACUCUGUUUACCAGCACCGGUAUCCGUGCUCUGGACCAUGCCGUCGAGAUGCAAUACCAUCCCACCGCAACUGUCGUACCUUGUCGCCAGAUGGCCCUCAGCGCCAUCCACGAUUUCUUCAAAUACUUGCCCCAAUAUCACCGAGAUCCGACGGGCGUAGACGACGAGGUGAUCACACGUCUGUUCCUGGCUAGCUUUUCGAGCAUGGGCUUCCUUGGGCUCAAUAUGAAGGGCGGGUUAGGACUAAGCCACGCUCUCGGCUAUGCUCUGGGGAGCCCCUACCGAAUCCCACAUGGCAUUACCAGCUGUCUCACGCUUGGCCAUGUUGUUAAGCUCAAAGCCCGACGUAAUCUUGAACACGCAGCAAGUGUGGCAGCCAUUCUUCCGGCAAUGGGUAUUCAACGCUCCGGUGACGACAUUGAAGAUGCUGAGAAGGUAGGGGACCUUAUCCUUCGCCUGGUCGCAGACUUAGGCCUCAGUACGACGCUCACAGAAAAGAAUGUGUCGCGCGACCAAAUCGACAUCAUCACUGCUCGUGCGACUGUUCUAAAGCGUAAAAGUCUUGACUCGGACGGGCAGAAAAUGUGGGAAGACGUUAGUACACUAGUGCAAAAGUUGUAUUGA